AUGGAUCCAAGCGAAAUACAAGAAACGUUACUCACAGAGAGGAUUCUUAUCCCUUCGGUGCAUGACAAUAAACUUCUUCAAACACGUGUGUCUUACUUGAAUCGAGGCGGAACAUUGAAAGCCGCUAUUAUUUCACAUCCAUAUGGGCCACUAGGAGGAAACUUUAACAAUAAUGUGGUGGUUGCGAUCGAAGAAUUCUUUUUGAGUAGGGAAUAUCUUACCUUAGCCUUUAACUUUAGAGGUGUAGGAAAAUCGGAAGGACGCACCAGCUGGACAGGUGCAGCCGAGUGUGAUGACUAUCGGACAAUGGUCGACUUUCUCGCGAAUCAAGGAGAAAUUUCUGGCAAACGAAUCUUACAUAUUCCACCAGUCUCGGAGAUUGUCAUAGUCGGGUAUAGUUAUGGAUCGCUGAUGGCAACGUCACUGUCGUCUUAUACAACAUCUGUACCUCUCUCGUUUGUUAUAAUAAGCUAUCCAUAUUCGGUCAUCUGGUUUCUAACGUUCUUCUGUACCUCCCAAUACCUUACUUGUUUUGGUGAUCUCGUGGCCUCGGAUGAGAGCGUCUUAUUUGUUUAUGGAGAUUCUGAUCAAUUCACUAGUGUGAGAAAAUAUCGAAGGCUUGUCGAAGACUGCCACCUUACUGAAAAGCCUAAUUGGACUGUCAGAGAAUUGGACGACAUUGAUCAUUUCUGGUAUGGGACUGGAAUGGAAACAGCUCUGAUUGACGUGCUGAAGGAAUGGCUUAAUGCGCGUGAAACAAAGAAGACUGUUAAUACUAUCGACAGUUUAUGA